AUGGAUAACUAAAAUUUUUUAUUUUUAUCCAUAGGGGCUUAUAUUGGAGUAAGCAUGAGAUUAGAAAUUGUAUCGAUAGUUGGCAACAUACUUACAGAAUAAACAAUACCUAUGGAUAUAUUUGACAAUUUUAUUGGAUCCUUUGUGAUUGGAUUUUAUAAUGAAAGGUAUAAAAACAGAGAUUUCAGUUCUCAUUUAGCUAUCAGCACAGGAUUUUGUGGAUGUUUAACUACUUUUUCAUCUUGGAUUAUAGGUGUCAUUGAAUUAGCUAAUUCAGAACAAUGGUAUAAUUGCAUAAUUAAUAUAUUUAUUGGAAGCACGGUUGCAUAUUCUGGAUUCAAACUUGGCUAGAACGCUGAAAUCGAAUUCAAAUUUCCAUUCCAUCAAAAAUUAAUAUAUUUAGCAUUUCUAAAGUUGAUAAUAUUUUAAGUACUAUUUCAAAGAUGGAGUAUGAUUGUAACUGCAUUAUUAUCACCUUUUGGAGCAAUUUUAAGAUUUUAUAUUAGCAAAUUGAAUCAUAAAGAGUUCCCAUUUGGUACUUUAAUGUGCAAUUUAUUUGCAGUUUGGAUAGCUGAAGCACUCUUGAUUUAGAAAAUCCAUUAUGAUGAUAAUGGCAAGAUGAUUAUAAAUUCUGUACUAAAAGGGUUUUGUGGUAGUCUCUCAACAGUAUCAACAUGGAUAAAAGAAAUUUGCAUAAUGUAAUCAAUUGAACUAAGAUUUAUGUAUUAUUGGAUUUCUAUAUUUUUGAGUGUUUAUAUUGGAUUAGUUAUAUACCAAUAUUUACCUUGA